GCAGACUACCCGGAUAACCCUCUUCCUUUUUUCCUGGGUCUCCUUGACGUCUGAGGUGGGAGGCUUGGCCUGUAUCUUUUUAGGCCAGAAUGCCUGUUGCCAGGAGUUGGGUAUGUCGGAAGACUUAUGUCACCCCCAGGCGGCUUGAAAAAUCACGUCUUGAUCAGGAAAUUCUUUUACUAGGUGAAUAUGGGCUGCGGAACAAACGUGAAGUAUGGCGAGUGAAGUUCACUUUGGCCAAGAUCCGCAAAGCUGCCGAGAGCUGCUCACCUGGAUGAGAAAGAUCAGCGACGCCUUUUGAAGGUAAUGCCUUGCUGCGUCGUUUGGUCAGAAUUGGAGUGCUGGAUGAAGGCAAAAUGAAACUGGAUUACAUCCUGGGUCUGAAAAUUGAGGAUUUCCUGGAGCGUCGUCUCCAAACCCAGGUCUUCAAAUUGGGCCUGGCUAAGUCCAUCCAUCAUGCUCGUGUUCUUAUCCGCCAGAGACACAUCCGUGUAAGGAAGCAAGUGGUGAACAUCCCUUCCUUCAUUGUCCGGCUGGACUCCCAAAAGCACAUUGAUUUCUCCCUUCGUUCACCUUAUGGUGGUGGGCGACCAGGCCGCGUCAAGAGGAAGAAUGCAAGAAGGGGCCAGGGCGGUGCUGGCGGAGGAGAUGAUGAAGAGGAAGAUUAAAAUGUAGAAUAUGGCUUUCCUGCCAUAUAAACCAGUGGGGCCAUAGAGUCUAUCUGACUAAUAUUAUCCAAUAAAAGUAUUUGUGGAUAAAAUACUGUA